CUCACAUCCACUGACGUGAAAGGCGGGGAAUACAGCGCUGGUGGCAAAGUUUGGGUUGACAGGGGGCCGUGGGAUACUGUAGCUAAGUGAAGGCGAAGUACUAUCCUGGAUACCAUUGCAGAAAUAGGGUUUUUUUUGUAAGGAAACUGUUGUUGUCCAACAGCUUACUUACACUCAACACAGAAAGUGAAAUCUACCACUGUCUGCUGUCAUGUCGGAGGACCCGAGCCCCCAAAGUUGGUCUAUCGACAGGGAUGAUUAUGUGCUUCAUGAGGUUAUCGGAAGUGGUGCCACAGCUGUGGUCCAGGCUGCAUACUGUACGCCAAGGAAGGAGAAGGUAGCCAUCAAACGCAUUAACCUGGAAAAAUGCCAGACCAGCAUGGACGAGCUCUUGAAGGAGAUCCAGGCUAUGAGCCAGUGCCACCAUCCCAACAUCGUGUCCUACUACACCUCCUUUGUGGUGAAGGAUGAGCUGUGGCUGGUGAUGAAGCUGCUCAGUGGAGGCUCAGUACUUGACUUCAUCAAGUACAUCAUAUCACGGGGGGAGCACAAGUCGGGCGUGAUCGACGAGGUCAGUAUCGCGACUAUCCUCAAAGAGGUCCUGGAGGGACUGGACUACCUGCACAGGAACGGGCAGAUUCACAGGGAUGUCAAGGCUGGAAAUAUCCUCCUCGGGGAAGAUGGAUCGGUGCAAAUUGCAGACUUUGGAGUGAGUGCCUUUCUAGCGACGGGUGGUGACAUGACUCGGAACAAAGUGAGGAAGACGUUUGUCGGGACACCGUGCUGGAUGGCGCCGGAGGUGAUGGAGCAGGUGAGGGGUUAUGACUUCAAGGCUGACCUCUGGAGCUUUGGGAUCACGGCCAUUGAGUUGGCGACAGGUGCCGCACCUUAUCACAAGUACCCUCCUAUGAAGGUGCUCAUGCUUACCCUCCAGAACGAACCGCCGUUCCUGGAGACAGGCGUCACCGAUAAGGAGACGGUGAAGAAGUACGGCAAGUCUUUCCGCAAGAUGAUCUCGGUGUGCCUACAGAAGGAUCCGGAGAAAAGGCCGACCGCCGCUGAGCUGUUGAAGCACAAAUUCUUCACAAAAGCAAAGAAUCAUGAAUAUCUACAAGAGAAGCUGCUGCAUCGGGCGCCGACUAUAGCAGACAGAUCCAAGAAGGUGCGGAGAGUUCCUGGCUCCAGUGGGAGGCUCCAUAAGACUGAGGAUGGCGAAUGGGAGUGGAGUGAUGAAGAGCUGGAUCUGGAGAGUGAAGAGGGCAAGGCGGCAGUCGCUGCUCUACGGUCACCCAGAGUGAAAGAAGAGCUUUCGAGCACAGAGAUCUUUACGCCGGAGCCGUCAGCUGCGCUCCCGGCGGGGGGCUCUGUGCAGGCCGACGUGUCCCACAGCCAUCCGGGGGGAGAGCUCACCUCUGCCACGAUAACAGCCUUCAGCUCUCAGGCCGCAGCCGCAGCAGCAGCAGCCCCUGGUUCUGUGCAGCAGGCCAUUAGCCUGGUGCUGAGGUUAAGAAAUCUGAAGAAGGAACUCAACGACAUCCGCUUUGAAUUCAUGCCAGGAAGAGACACAGCUGACGGGGUCUCCCAGGAGCUGGUCACUGCUGGCCUGGUGGAUGGGAAAGACUUGGUCGUCGUUGCUGCAAAUUUGCAGAAGAUUGUUGAUGACCCUCAAAACAACAAAAAUGUCACUUUCAAGCUGGCAUCCAGUGGUGAAGACUUUGAAUUUCCAGAUGACGUUAAACUCAUGGGAUUCGCCCAACUGAGUAUUAGUUAAGAAUAACAACACUAGCAGCCUGACAACAGAGCUGCACGGAGGCGCAUAGUAUUCACAGACAUUGGCCUAAAGAAAACCACUACUGCCAAAGAGGAUAAAGUGUCCCGUCAGCACAUAGGAUUCCGAGCCCUUGUCAAGCUUGAGAGAGAGAGAGAGAGACUGCAGUGAAGUGCAGACCUUCAUAGGAAGUGCACUCGAAUCGUUUACAGUGUUGAUAUAACUUAGAAAAGGCGCAACCGUCGACAUCCAUGCACUCCACAAAUUCUAAAUGUUCAGUUUCUGGUGUUUCUUGUUUAUAAAAGAAAAAAAAAGAGCAGAUGAGAGACAGAAAAAAAACCACACACUUGCACAAUCUUGACCUAUUCCCUAUAAUGUUCCGUGUUAAUAAGAAUGCCUUACUUUCAACAGUACUACUGAUUCUAAGAUGUCAGGGUGUUUGCUUGUUGUCAUGUAGAGUGGAGUGAGUGUGGUUUCAUUUGUUGAUGUUAGUUGUGGUUUAUUUGCACAUGGCCCUUGUACAUCCUCACGUGAGCAUAGAGAACACCUGGACCCCUGUGGUGAGUCAUUUGGGGAAAUGCGUGGUGAUAAACUUAUAAUGUGAGCACUUUGACACACUCAUUUGCAACACAGCUUGAAGAGUUAGUUUUUUUUUUUUUUUUUUUCCCUCAUUAAUAUUCAUUGAUGUUCUCACCUGGAGAAACCAGUGUACAGAGCGCACAUACUCGCAUCCACACACACACACACACUCACUCACACUUCACUGUCCUUUGUUUUUGUUUAGUUUUUUAAGUUGGCCUCUAUUUGCAUGAUCCAAUAACAGAUCGGAUGGAUAUGGUACCGGAGAGGGGAUUAUUGGAUGUUGACUAGCACCUCUUGGCAGCAUACUCACAGGAAUCCAGGAACACUGAAGCCCUUAUUGCAAUGGUUAGAGUGAAGGACAGGAGAUUGUACUGUACAAAUAUGGGCAGUUUAGUGCAAUGAUUUGAAUUAUUGUAACUGUAUCUACAUUUUUCAGGCUCUGGGUGUCUAUUAAAAUUGAAAUUUGAUCUCCGAUACCUCCAACAGUCCGUCAUGAAAAUCUGGCAUAGAAUUGGUUUAUAAAAAUCAAAAAUACCUCAUUUCAGUUUCGUUUGGCAUGUUGUGGCUUUUUUUUUUUUUCUCUCCUUUUUUUGCUUUUUUUGCCUAAUCGGAAUCUGAUGGCAGCUCACCUGAUUUGUUUUCCCUGAGUGUCUAGCGCUUUUGUUUUCUGGCUAUUUCCGUUUCCGUCGGUUUUGCGACUCAAGCACUGGGCCACGUGCGAUAAGAGCCUGUCACUGAGAGUAAGUGGAGCUGCUCAGGCCUGUGUUUCCUGAAGACAUUGUGCAUCCACCAUGGUCAUUUAGAUGAGGCGUUAAAAAUAACAACAUUCCUAUUAUUUAAUGGUGUUCAUUGCGCCACAAACCUUUUUUUAAGAACUAGUUCAAAUCUCUGCCGGGGAAAUGUUCUGCUUUUGUCAUUAACCCUUUCACGCUCACUCCACUCGACACAGGUUAGGGCUGUUGUGAUGACUUCCCGUAGUCUCUUUUUACCUGAUGGUGUUAUGUUAACGUCUGUGUUGGUGUUUGUGCUACGUUCACGAGACAUAACAUUCACGAGAUGGACCAGAGCUUUCACUUGUCCCGUGACCAGUGUUGAACUUGGGCAACCUCUAGUACACUCAAGUUAAUGCUGAAGUCCACUGGUCCACUUGAACUCCAGUGCUGUCUUGUGUACGUUGGGCCAUUUUAAGACAGUUGUAAGGUUAAAUGUGUAGUUACUGAAGCAAACGCGCUGUCACUCACGUGUGGGAUUUGUAUGUGAAAACGACUGUUUGGAAUUAUUAAACUUACUAUAUAUAUAUUUAUAUAUAUAUACAUAUAUAUAUA